UGACCACUACUCUGAAACUGAAACUGAUUAUAACAUAAAAGGCUUAUUGAGAUAUGCAGACCACCAUUUACCGUCUGAAGUUGUCACCGAUAGCCGAGCACAAAGGAUAAGCCUCAUUCCAUUCCAGUCAUUCAGACAUCUACCGAGAGGACGAUUACAAACAUGGAAGAAUUUUCGCCAUUCCGUGCUGUCUUCAACCUGUACGAGACCACUCCGCCGGCUCCUGGGUUCGAGUCCUUCCUCGAAGGAGUAAAGCACACUUUCGAUUUCGUCGAGAAGGACCCCAGCUUUGUCGUCGGUCAGCUUCACAAGAAUCUUGAUCCUGAAGGUCUUUUCAAGUUUGCACACUAUGCUAGUUUCCGCGACGGUAGUUUUCAGGCUUUCAAACGGGAACCUUCACCGGAAUGGCUUGCAGCCAUCGAGGAGGGACAUGGCAAAUGGGGACAUCAGAUCAGACACCCAGGUGGUUUUGAAGAGAUAGCAAGCUGGUCUGGUGAGAAGUGGUGCCCAGCGACUCGGGUAGCUGACAACAGCAUCUUCCUUCUUUCCAUGUUCAAGGAUGUGCCUGAGGAUUUCGAGGAAAACUGGAAGACAUUGUCGGGAGCAGUAAUCUUAUCAGAGAGCUUGCCUGAGGGUGUGGUCUUUCACCAAGCGGGACUCUACCGGAAACUAGGUGGCCCCACCCAAUUUAGAUAUAUCCUCCGAUGUGAAGUGCUUCCGGUGUCAAGUGAUGCAUCUGCUGUCCUCGGUUCUCUCGGCGACAUCCGGAAGAAACUAUCCGAAGAUGGGGUUCCUUUCGUGGACUUGUCGGCUUACAAGAUCAUUGACGUCUCCGACGAGAUAAGGGAAAGUGCGGUUGUAGAGCCAGAAGGAAAAGAGAGUUCUGUUUAGAAUUUCAUCGAUGAAAAUGAAAAUAUAUGUAACAAUUGUAAAGCUAUCCUGAUUAACUGAUGUAUUUGAAUUAGGAGAGAAGGCUGUUCUAAUAAUAGAAAGACUAUGUUAUGGCUUGCGCGUUAAUUCAACAUUUAUACAAAGGAUAUACGCAAAAAUGUUCGAAAUUAUGAUCAAUUUCAUUUUUGGCGGAAGCAGUUUACUAAUCUUUGGUCUAUCAGUACCCAUCCCAUUUAGAAUCAAUAAGGCACUCCACAAGUAUGCCAAACAAAUGAGCCCCCUUUCAAAUUUCUUUUAGAAAAAGCAUGUUAACCUUCAUUUUGCUUCUCAGAGUCUUUUUUUUCCUCCUCUUUUUGACCGUCUCUUCUUUCUUUUAUUUGCCUGACCUCGAUCCCUCCCUGAA